CCGUCGCGUGGUAAUUAUCGCUGAAACUCUUGAAGCCUCCUAAGGAGACUGGUGACGGUGUUUAUUAACAUAACCCGCUGCGCCGCGCUUCCCGGUCAUUGGCCGCGGCUGAUGUGUGUCUGCGGUGCUAGUCAAAGAUAACGCUGCGUAGGCAGCAUAAACGCUAACACGAUCACUAGUCAUGCUGCUGUCCGGUGUCGCGCGUGCGGUCAGACACUGCAGCCGGACACCGCUGCCCGUCCUCACGCUCUUCACUAAGGAUCCGUGCCCUUUGUGCGACGAAGCAAAAGAAGCUCUGGAGCCGUACAAACACAGGUUUGAGCUGCAGGAGGUCGACAUCACCCGUCCGGAGAACAGAGUCUGGUUCGACAGGUACCGAUAUGACAUCCCUGUCUUUCAUUUAAACGGACAGUUUCUGAUGAUGCACCGCGUGAACUUGGCUCUCCUCGAAAGGCGUCUGGAUAAAACCACCGGAGCAGCUCAGCAAUAACAUCUGGAGAUCUGACGGUGUUUGCUGUUCAUUUCACUAAAGGUUUCGCAGCAUCAGUUGUAGGUCAGGUGUGUCUGAUCCCCUCAACAGCUCAUCAGACUCCUCAAAGACAGCCUUCAUGUCACAUGCUUCAUUUGAAGAACAGGUCAAGUGUGUCCUUCGUGUCCUCCGGUCACCCACAAUCCUUUGCACUCAGUCCAGUUCACAGAGGAGAAUGAGCAGAAAAUGAAUCUGCACUGAGCUCACCCAGUUUCAUUAUGCAAUGCAAAGGAAGAUUUGGAGAUGUUUUCUUGUAAAUUAAUCACAAAAUGCUAAACUGUGUAAUGUAAAUCACUGACGAUUGUCAUUAUCUGUAAUAAAUUAAUGGAAGGAUUUGUAA